AUGCCUAUUGUGGGUCUAGGAACAUGGAGGGCAGACCCAGGAAAGGUCACAGAGGCCGUUAAGGUGGCAAUAAGUGCUGGUUACAGACACAUUGAUGGUGCUUACAUAUACCACAAUGAAGCAGAAGUCGGAGCUGGCAUUCAAGCAAUGAUCAACCAAGGAUUGGUAAAGAGGGAGGAUCUAUUUAUUGUCAGUAAGCUGUGGUGCACCUUCCACGUUCCAUCUCUGGGGAGAGGAGCCUGUGAGAAGACGCUCAGUGACUUGAAACUGGACUACCUGGACCUUUGCCUCAUGCAUUUCCCUUUCGGAGCCAAGGUUUGGAUAUCACUGUCCUGUCCUGGUCAUACAAAACAGUCUGUCUGUUGGUAAAACCAUCAAGGGAUCCGGUCAAGCUUAACUUUUAGCCUGUUUGGCCUGUAUGAGCGUAUCAAAGGAUUCUGCAACAGUUAAAGUUAUGACUCUUCUCAAUGUUUCUCUGCUUAAUAGGGUUCCUUACUAGGCUACUAAGCCUUACUACCAGGCAAUAAAACAAAACAAAAAACAACACUUCAUCUAAUGUCCCGCUUGAUAUUUUUCUUUUCUUUCUUUCUUUCUUUUUCUUUUCUGAUGGCAGCAACUUCUUGGAUACCUGGGAGGUAAUUUACGUGACUCAAUACACCAACAUACGUCAAGCUAAGACCGACGCAGCAACUGGCUUGCUGGCACGUUUACUCAAACUAAAUGUUGACAUAGAAAUAGGUUGCAAAAGAAUCAAUAUGCA